AUGACCGAAGUAUCGUCUACCAGGUUGUACCUGGGGAAUCUCCCGCGAACCGCUACCAAAGCCGACGUCGAAGCACACUUCGCCACCCAUGGCACCGGCGAAAUUACUGAAAUCAAGCUCAUGAACGGCUUCGGCUUCAUUGAAUACAAAGAUGCCAUGGAUGCCCGUGAUGUAGUCCCAGGUAAGUGUUUUAACGCUGAUCCAUUCUGGUCGCGCCACUUUUUGAUCGCUAAUUCCUUGUCUGUCCAGCUUUUCGUAUGUUCUCGCGCGUCGAUACACUGCAAUCUGCUUCUUCCGGUCCGGACCGCUAACCAUAGCAUCGUAUUAAAAGAUGGAUCCGAUUUUAUGGGCGAACGCUUAACAGUGCAAUUUGCCCGUGGAACCCGGCAUCGGGAGGGCGGUAAUGGCGGCGGCUUUAACAACGAGCGCGCUCCCCCAAGGCCUCGCCGUACUCCUCAUCGGAUGCAGAUCACGGGACUUCCCACCGAUACCAGUUGGCAGGAUCUCAAAGAUUUUGCCCGUCAAUCGAGUCUCGAUGUCGUCUAUUCUGAGACCGGCCGCGACGGCAAUGGUCGAGGCUUCGUUGAAUUUGAGACCGCAGCCGAUCUGAGAACUGCGGUCGAGAAGCUUGACGGCCGAGAAUUCAAAGGAAAUCGUGUCACCUGUGUUGCCGACACUCAACCCGAUAUGCCUCCUCGCGACAUCCGCGGCGCGCGCUCGCGCGUGGCCCUCCACGAGGUUACAGUCCGCGCAGAGAUGGAUAUCGUGACGGCUAUCGUGAGCGCAGCCCUCGUCGAGAGUACUACGAUGAUCGCGCUCGAUACCGAUCCCCUCCUCGCCGCCCUAUGGAUGAUUACCCUCCACCGCGAGGCCGCUAUGACGAUCCCUACCGUCGAGACUAUCCUCCGCCACCCGAUCCCUAUGCCAAUGGCAGACCCUACGACCGUCCUCCGAGAGACUUCCCUCCUCGAGAUGGGGCGUACCCUCGUGAUGGGUACCCUCGCGAGUAUGACCGUGGUAGCCGUUACUGAUCCUGGAGGCGCCCAAAAUAUGUUCCAAUACAGAGACCGCGUCCUCGCUUCUAGUUUGCAUUGGGCCAUAAGGAAGGAAAGGAUGUGA